GAAAUGAUUUAUUUUACGUUUUAGUACACAUACAUGCAUAUUAAAACGUGAAAUGAUUGUGGCUCCAAAAUGAAACUAAUGACACUCCGUUGUCUUUAGAUCUCUUUCUCCAGCUCAUCAUGUUUUUGUUAGAUAUGUUAUCACGAAAGAAAUGGACCCUCCCACCCCCUAUUUCCAUUCCCCAUAAAGCUUUCCUUUUAUCGACAAAAGAGCGUCUUCUACUCUCUGUGACUCUUCACAACUCAACAGGUCCUUCAAUAUUGUCGCCUCUUUCCUCAUCUCUAUCUCCAUUUUCGUUCCCUCUCAGAAGGAUCAAUCUCCAGGUAAUCCAAAUUUAAACUUCCUCCAAAUUUCUAAAUAUUCGCGUGUCAACUUAUGAAAAGUGUGAGAAUGACUAUAUUUCACAUGUGGACAUUAAAACUAUGGAAGAACAACUUUUUUUCCUUUUCAAACUUUGCACCACCUUCACAUUUUUUGCCUUUAUUAUUUCAAAUCUUCUUUAUACAUUGAGAAAAUUGUCUCAAAUAAUCUCACCUUUUUGCGCUCUUUUAAAAAUAAUUUCAAUUUUCACUGCCACCGGAUGUAAUCUCACAUUUCUGCAUGUGUGCAAGUUUUGGGUCGUCGUAAAAAAGCUAACGACCACUUAACAAAAUUUUUGGAAAAUGCUUGUUUUUCACAAAUAAAUGAAAGGUGUGAUCAUUUUAGAUAAAUUCUCUCUUUUCAUUUUUUAAUAUCCAACAUUAAACUUAAAUCUAUUUUUCAAAAAUGUUUUUAUGAAUAAUAGUCCACCAAAUUUAAGUUUUUUUAGGGUGAAAGUAAUUAUUUUUUUCAAUAAUCGAUAAUCUAGUAAUAAUUGAACAAUAAAUUAUUCUGCACAAUGGAGCUAAUUUAUUUACUUCAUAACUCACUACAUUUUUUGUAUGGUGCAAUUAUUUUUCUUGAGCGACACUUCAAAUUAAUUUUUUUAUACUGUACUAUUUUUAUUUUUUUAAAAAGCGGUACUACAAAACUUGUGAAUGUUUUUUUGAUAAUUCUAUAUCGAUGUUUUUUUGCAAAACAACAUUACAACAUUUGUAAAAAUAACACAAUAAUCUUUUUCUUUGAAAUCUUCUAUUGCCCGUAUUAUUUUUUCUAAUAUGGAACUACCCAACUUGUGAUUUUUUGAUAAUUCAGUACAAAUGUUUUCCCCAAAAUAAUAAUUUAAAAGUUGUGAAAAUGGCACAACAUUUUUUUCUCCAAAAUGGUACUAAUUAAUUUUAUAACUCACUACAAUUUUUUUGUAUUGCAAGUUCUUUCUCGAGCAAUACUCUAAUCUAUUUUACGAUAGUCGAAUAUUAUAUUUCCCCUAGAACAUAAAACAAAAUUUGUAAAUCGUUAUAUUUUUCAAAAAAUUUACACAAAUCUCUAAAAAGAGUGUACGGUUAUAUUUUUAAAAAAAUAAAUCUUAAAAUUAAAAAAAGAAAAAAGUAAAUUUACCUAAAAUAAUCCCACCUAUCAUUUUUUGCAAAAAUAGGCAUUUUCUAAAAAUUCCGUUAAGUGACCGUUAGUUUUUUAACGCCGGCCCAAAACUCGCACACAUGCGAAAAUAUGAGAUUAUUUUCGGUGACAGUGAAAAGUGAGAUUAUUGAAAAAACUGUGAAAAAGUGUGAUUAUUUAAGAUAAUUUUUUACUUAAAUAUUUGGAAGCUUUCAUUUUUUCCUUUUGCACAAAUCUUUCAAUUUCUGAAUCUAUAUUCCAAUUUCAUUGUUGUCCUUUGUUUAUUUUCAUGAUAUGACUAGUUUAGAAUUUUAGUUUUUUUUGUUCAUGGAAAUGUAUAUUUGAAAUAGUAUUUGAGAUUGGGUUAUUUCGAUUUACAUCUAGUUGUGAUUUGCCUAUAGUAACUUGAUAAUGAAUGUGAACAUAAGCUUGUUUACCUAUGUAUGCUUGCAUAUAUGUGAAAUUGGAUUUCUGUUUUUAGUAAUUGAAUGUUUUGAAUUUUUCACUUUGUUAGAUGGACAUGAAAAAUUAAUACUUUCUUCUCAUGCGGUGAAUUGCGUCAAAGAGUAAUAAUUUUUCUUAUUUUUGUUUUGGCACGUGUACAUGCUAAUGGAACUUAUCCAAAAAGAAUACACUUUGAAUGGCAAGAGAGAGGGUGCAUGCCAAAAUAAUCAAAUAGAAUUAGUCUA